CUUCCCCUGUCGAUCAACUUCUGUAGUUAACACAGCUCUACUAAUAUCAUUGUUCUCCUGAAAAUAGGAUUAGUUAGUUAUUUACCAAUGGCGAACAACCCUUUCUCUAGCUUCGGCUCCAAGAUCGACGACCUUUUACCGCUGCUUGCUGAAGCGACGAUCGGAUUAUCAGAUGUUGCAGCGGGAUCUUCGCCUGAGGUACCGUUGAAAGAAUUAAAAGAUAUUAAAGCGAUUCUGAAGAAUAUCAAAGGGCUGCUGUAUGAUUCGGGGCGCCAGAUUAGGGAAGAUGCUAUCAAACUGCUGCUGAAGGAGCUCCAAGAUUUGGUCAUCGAGGUUGAAGAUUUGGUGGACGAUUACGAAUACAAGAUGUUCCAACGCGAAGCGGAAUUUCUUAAUAAAAUCGAGCAGCCGUCAGGUUACGUAUCUUCAGAUCGUUUGCGGGGACUUGAUGGAGGGGCAAUGCAUUCCCCGGGACUCGACGGAGGGGCAAAGUCGUGUGUAACAGGCUCUUCCCCGGGACUUGGCGGAGGGGCAAGGUCUCCAAUAAAUCCUUCUCCGGAACUUAGCGUAGGAGCAAGUCCUUCUUCGGGACUUGAUGUAGGGGCAAGUCAUCAUUCAUGUAUAACAGACUUUUCCUCGGGACUUGGUGGAGGGGCAAGGUCUACAAUAGACCCUUCUCCAGAAUUUAGCGAAGGAGCAGGUCAUUCGUCGGGACUUGAUGGAGGGGCAAGUUCCUGUAUAACAACAGACCCUUCCUCGGGACUUGGCGGAGGGGCAAGCCAUUCCCCGGGAUCUAGGGGAGGAGUAAGUCAGUGUACAACCCAUUUAACGUUAGCUCUACGGAGGGUCCAAUGGAUAUGGAUGGAGCUCCGCGAACAACUCCGGAAGUCCCAGAAAUUCGCAAGCCACCUGCUGCUAGUUUCGCAAGAGAAUCAAACUUUUAAGAAGUUGCAAAGGGUAAGAAAGUUUCUUCUUGCAGAGUCGGAGGAUACCAUCCGUGGAAGGAAGCAUUACAAUGCUUUUGAUGUAACUAAACAAAUCUAUGGGAGGAACACUGACCGGGAGCAUAUCAUUAGCUGGCUACUACUCGGUACAAAUUCCAGAUUUUCUCUUUUUGAGGAUGAACGCAGUAGAAAUAAGUUCUCUGCUAUUUCGAUAGUCGGCGAGGCAGGUGUCGGAAAAACAGCACUAGCUAAGGAAGUAUACAAUGAUCCCCUCGUAUGCAAAUACUUCAACUCAAGAGUCUGGCUUCACUUCACUGAGGAAUCUGAUGCUGUAAGCUUAUCAAAAGCAUUUUUUGUCUCUAUAACUGGAAAAUCUUGUGAUGGCAAAGAACCGGUUCAUCUUCAAAGUGUUAUGAAGGAAGAACUAAAGGGAAAAAAGCUUUUGCUCGUGCUGGAUGAUCUUCAGGACCUGAAUCCGAGACUGUGGAAAUACUUGCAAGCUCCCUUAGCUGGUGUUAGAAUGGCUAAGUUUAUAAUUACUUCCCAGACUGAGCUAGGCACUAGUAAAUCAAGAGGAAUCGAAUCUUAUCCAUUGGGUCGCUUGAGUCUAGAUCUGUCAUGGAAUGUAUUCCAGCACUAUGCAUUUUGUGAAGAUUCCAGUUGCCCACCUGAGCUCAUUGAAAUUGGAAAACAUAUUGUUCAAAAGUGUUGGGGAUUGCCUCUAGCUGUGAAAACUCUUGGAAGCCUUCUUGGCUAUCAAAUGGAUAAACGGAUAUGGAUAGAUGUUUUGGAUAGUGAAUUGUGGGAAUUACAAGAAAGUGAGACUCACAUUUGUCCAGCUCUUCAGUUGAGCUACUAUCUAUUGCCCACUUAUUUGAAACCGUGUUUCCUCUACUGUUCUCUAUUUCCUAGGGGAUAUAAGUUUGACAAAUAUGAGUUAGUCAGAUUGUGGAUGGCACAAGGUUACAUUCAGCAUAAGUAUGGUCAAAGUCUGGAAACCGUUGGUUGUAAUUACUUCCAUGAGUUGCAGAUGCUAACAAUUUUUGACAGAUCAUGGGAUGGGACAUUCACAAUCCAUGACUUGCUAUAUGAUGUAUCGAAGUAUAUGUCAAAUGGAGAAUGCUCUUCCUUGCCAAAUGUGAAGAUGUAUAAGGACUCAGGUAAAAUCCGUCAAUUAUACGUGACAAGUAGCAAGGGGACAAAUGAACUCCAGUCUUCUAAUGCAAUCUUGACAUUGCAGUUAUUAUAUAGAAGUUUAGGUGGUUUCCUACCUAAUGAUAUUUUAACUAUGGCAUUGAUCGAGUCCGUGCAAGGCAUUCGGGCCUUGGAGUUGACAUGUCAUGCAGAUUCUUCAAUAGCUGAAACAAUUCAGGAGAAAGCAUUGGAUAAACUUAAUGCAUCUUCGGUAUCAAGCCUAAGAUUCAUUCACCUGCGAUAUCUUCGAAUUUGUGAUAGAUUUAUUGAACUCCUUCCUGCAGCCGUGUGCGAGCUUUACAACCUCCAGACACUGACCUUGGACAAAUGUUUAAAGUUAAGAGAACUACCAAGUGACAUAGGCAAGCUUGUUAACCUACGGUAUCUUGGACUUUCUGAAGCAAACAUUGAAAAGUUGCCGAAAUCUGUUUAUCAAUUGCGAAACCUUCAAUCCUUGAAAGUUGAUUAUUGCAGAAAUCUGAAGGAUCUACCCUACAACAUUGGCAGUCUUGUCAAUCUUUGCCAUCUCGGGCUUUCUGGAACAUCUAUCAAAAGGUUGCCUAGAUCUGUACAUCGCCUAUCCAAACUGUCAACACUAAAAUUGGACCAAUGCAAAAUCCUAAUGGAGUUACCCAGUUCCAUAGGAAACCUUGUGAACCUUAGACAUGUUACAGCUUGUAAGACAAAAAUCACAAAACUACCUGAGUCCAUCUGUUCAUUGUUCAACCUACUCACUUUAGAUUUGGCUUACAGCAAUCUUUCAGAGUUACCCAAUGACAUAGGUAACCUCUCCAACUUGAAUUACCUUGCACUUUCAUAUACAAAUAUUUCUAUUCUUCCAGAGUCUUUUAUGUUACUUUUUCUGGCAUCAAUAUUGAACAGCUUGUCUGCAUCUGUAUGCCAAUUGUUGAACCUGGAAGUUCUUGAGAUGGAUGGCUGCAGAAGAUUUUUCAGUUUACCUGAUGGCAUUGGCUAUCUUACUAAACUGCAUCAACUUAAGCUCUCGGAUACAGAAAUACGAGAGUUACCUGAAUCUAUAGGUCAGCUAUCUAACCUGCAAAAUCUGGAUCUGAAUGGCUGCCAAAGGCUCUCUAAGUUACCUGAGAGUAUUGGAUAUCUUUCAGAACUUAGUAAUCUAGAAGUCACGGAGACAAAAAUCAAGACAUUGCCUGCAUCAUUCUGUCAGCUUUCUAAUCUGAAAGUGCUAAAUCUGAAUGGUAAUUUGGAUCUUCAAGAGUUGCACAGUGGCAUUGAAAACCUUGCUAAUUUGUCUCAACUUGAACUUUCUGAAGUUGGCAUUGAGGUACUUCCUAGAUGCAUUGGCAGAUUGGCUAACCUAGAGAAGUUGAGUUUUGAGCACAAGCAGAAACCAUUUGAGAAUUAUCAGUUAUAAGCUUACUAAAGAAGACACUCUCAACUGUUGUGUUCUUACCACUUGCAGUCUUGGUACGCAAAUUUCAUGUUUUGAAUUAUUAUAACGGUUUGUCGAUGCUGCUUUCUUUGUUUCUGAAAAAUGCAACUCUUAGAAGAAGUUUACCUGGGCUCUUGUGUUAACUAUUCAGCAUUGUAGUGUAAAAGCUGAUGCUUCUUUAAAUGGACUUAUAUACAUAG